GGCAGAGGACACGGGCUGCUUUCUGAGAGCAUUAUGGCGGACAAGGAAGCUGCUUUUGAUGAUGCUGUGGAGGAGCGGGUUAUCAAUGAAGAGUACAAGAUCUGGAAGAAGAAUACUCCCUUCCUCUAUGAUUUGGUAAUGACCCAUGCCCUGGAGUGGCCCAGUCUAACAGCCCAGUGGCUCCCAGAUGUCACCAGACCUGAAGGAAAAGAUUUCAGUGUCCAUCGCUUAGUUCUUGGAACUCACACCUCUGAUGAACAGAAUCACCUUGUGAUUGCCAGUGUACAGCUUCCUAAUGAUGAUGCCCAAUUUGAUGCAUCUCACUAUGAUAGUGAGAAAGGAGAUUUGGAGGCUUCGGCUCAGUCAGUGGAAAAAUAGAAAUUGAGAUUAAAAUUAACCAUGAAGGAGAGGUAAACCGAGCUCGCUACAUGCCUCAAAACCCCUGCAUUAUCGCAACUAAAAACACCAUCCAGUGAUGUUCUUGUGUUUGACUACACUAAACACCCAUCCAAGCCAGGUGACAAUUUUUAG